GUCGUAAAGGUAGAAGAGAGAACUGAGAAAAGUACUGAGAUCAGAUUUCUGAGAGAACAAAAAAUGGCAUCUGCAACUAAGCUGAUUUCAGUAUCUCUAUUAUGGAUUGUUGUCUUGUUUGGAACUCUAGCUUUUAUCCAGAAUCGAUUAGGUGAUGCCGAUAAAUCAUCCGAUCUAAGCGAGAUCGGGAUUGAGCUCGAUCAGGCUAAGAAGUCAGAUGAGACUCUGAGGGAAGUAACCCACAAAGUAUUCUUUGAUGUCGAGAUCGAUGGUAAACCAGCUGGUCGUGUUGUCAUGGGCCUCUAUGGGAAAACAGUCCCUAAAACAGCAGAAAACUUCCGAGCACUUUGCACAGGGGAGAAAGGUACUGGGAAGAGUGGAAAGCCUCUCCACUUCAAGGGAAGCAAGUUCCACAGGAUCAUUCCUAGCUUUAUGAUUCAAGGAGGUGAUUUUACACUCGGUGAUGGAAGAGGCGGUGAAUCAAUCUACGGUGAGAAGUUUAAUGAUGAGAACUUCAAGCUGAAGCACACUGGACCUGGACUCCUUUCAAUGGCAAAUGCUGGUAAAAACACCAACGGUUCACAGUUCUUCAUCACGACUGUAACAACUAGCUGGUUGGAUGGCAAACAUGUUGUCUUUGGAAAGGUGCUUUCAGGGAUGGACGUGGUGUACAAAAUUGAAGCCGAGGGGAAGCAAGAUGGAACACCAAAACGCAAAGUUACCAUCGCAGACAGUGGUGAAAUUCCCUUGUCAUCAUAACUUUUUUAUCAUCUAACAAAGAUGCAGUUAACUUUUUUGACAUUUUAUGCAAUCUAAAUCUCUCCACUGUCGAGAUGACAUAAUAUGUAACGGACAUAAUAUGGUUAUCAAAUUAUUAGCUAGUAGAAAAACGUGAUGGGUUUUUUUCCUAUUAAAAAAAGUUUUAUUUAUAAAAGAGUUUAAAUAACCGAUUUCCUUGCA